CGGCAAGAAAUGUGGCUGAGUGAACCCGCGAACAUAACGGAUAGGCAAUCCAAGAACAGCCCAAAAGAUAAGGUCAUCUUGCUUUAACGAACCAGACGAUUCACAAGCAAUAGACCUUCUUCAAUGGCUUCCCUGCAUUGCUCAUCCUCCGUCCAGAACUCUCUCUUUGUCAAUUCACUUUCUCAGAAACUCCGUGGAAGAUUUAUUUGCUGCAGAGCAGGGAUCUCGUUUCUUGUCAGGGCCGAGCAAGCACACGCAUCUUCCAUUAAUGGCCAUGCGUGCAGUUCCGAAGAUAGACUUGGGAGACGCCAGCUACUUUCUGGCAGUGCAUUUAUAACUUGGAUUUCUCUUGCGGACAUGAAUUCCAUGUCAUUUGCUGCAGAAACAAAGAAAGGGUUUCUGUCAGUUUCAGACAAGAAAGAUGGUUACUCGUUUGUUUAUCCAUUUGGGUGGCAGGAAGUAGUAAUUGCUGGACAAGACAAGGUAUUCAAAGAUGUAAUUGAACCAUUAGAAAGUGUCAGUGUCAAUUUGAUUCCAACCGGCAAAGAAGAUAUUCGAGAUUUUGGGCCUCCUGAACAGGUUGCAGAAACUUUGAUAAAGAAGGUUCUAGCUCCUUCAAAUCAAAAAACAAAGUUAAUUGAAGCGUCAGAGCAUGAUGUUGAUGGAAAAGCAUACUACACAUUUGAGUUUGUAGCUCAAGCUCCAAACUACACUCGCCAUGCUCUUAGCACAAUUGCCGUUUCCAAUGGAAAAUUCUACACUUUGACAACCGGAGCAAACGAGAGGAGGUGGGAGAAAAUGAAAGAUAAAUUGCGCACAGUUGUUGAAUCCUUCACAAUUUCAAACGUUUGAUGGUGUUCCUUCACAAUCAUUCCAGCUCCAUUUUGAUUCUCUCUCAGAUUGUUGAGAACUCGUGUCACCAUUUGUAUCUUCAGUAACUCGUGUCACCAUUUGUAUCUUUAUUCAUUAGAUUGAGGAGUGAGUUUAGAGAGAUUGCAAUGCCUUGUAUUAUCGGAUGAAUAUGUAAAAAAUUGCAGUAGCACCAAAAAGUCAGUGGUGUAAUGACACAGCUAUAUAUAGUCUUACUCUUGCGGAAGAUAUGUUCAAGAACCAAAUUUCCGAAAUCAAGAGAGGUCAAAGUUAUUUGAGAGAGUGA